CGAACUGAGCCACCACAACGAGUACGAAUAUCUGCCGCUAGGUGCCUUUUAUUCUGCAGUGCAAUAUUCACGCAUCACCAGCAGGCGUCACGCGAGUCAUAGACAUGAUUCACAGACACGAGUCGUGACUGAGCCGCUCUUUUUCUCGCCCGCCUCCGCCCCCUUAUCCCACCCCCCAUCAGGUAUGCUAUACGAGCGUGACAUGUGUCGAAUAGAAAGUGAGCUCGCCCGGGUUUCCAGCUGAGUGCCCGAUCCCUCAGUGUGUGUGUGCGUGUGUGCGUCUUGUGUGUGUGUAGCCUACACGUUGUUGUCAUUACCCCGGCUGCGGCGCGCUCUGCUUUUAGAAUGGCCAGAUUCACCCAGACUGAAGCGCCAAGGCAGCAGCAGCAGCAGCCACAGCAGCCUCCCCAUCCACCCCACUGCACGAGCCUCCGUUUCAGCGGACCCGAGGCGGCACCGACCCAGCCUCCCGCCCCUCUCCUCCCUCACCAGCACCAGCACCAGCACGCGCAGAUCCCGUUUGCCAAUCCCAUGAGCGGCUCGGAACCUAUAUCCAUACACCACCCCGACAACGGCACCAUGAAAGACCAGGAUGCCAUUAAGCUGUUUAUUGGACAAAUACCGCGGAACCUGGAGGAGAAAGAUCUUAAGCCUCUUUUCGAGCAGUUUGGGAAAAUUCACGAAUUGACAGUGUUGAAAGACCGCUACACUGGCAUGCACAAAGGCUGUGCGUUCCUCACAUACUGUGCCCGUGACUCAGCCAUAAAAGCCCAGAAUGCAUUGCAUGAACAGAAGACGCUGCCAGGGAUGACGCGACCCAUUCAGGUGAAGCCUGCUGACAGUGAGAGCCGGGGAGAGGACAGGAAGCUGUUUGUGGGCAUGCUGAAUAAGCAGCAGUCGGAGGAGGACGUGUACCGCCUGUUUGAGCCCUACGGAGUCAUAGAAGAGUGCACCGUCUUAAGAGGUCCUGACGGAAACAGCAAAGGUUGUGCGUUUGUGAAGUUCUCCACUCACACAGAAGCCCAGGCAGCCAUUAGUGCUCUACACGGGAGUCAGACCAUGCCUGGCGCCUCCUCCAGUCUGGUGGUGAAGUUUGCAGACACGGAUAAGGAGCGCACCGUACGGCGCAUGCAGCAGAUGGUGGGACAGUUCAGCAUCUUCAACCCCACGGUCACACUGCCAUUUACUACCUACAGCACAUACACACACGCACUGAUGCAGCAGCAGGCGGCCAUCAUGGCAGCGUCCCAGGGAGGCUAUCUGGCCCCCAGCAUGCCAUUCCCCUCCGCCCACAUCCACCAGGUGGGGGCGCUCAACAUGAACGGCCUGUCCCACAACCCCAUCUCAGGCCUGAGUUCUCCGCCUGCCAGCCUGCCUCCACCCUCGGCGCUGCCCAGCCUGCUCGCGCCCAUGGUGAACGGCUUCACGGGGAUGCCCACGGGGAUGCCCACGGGGAUGGCACACCAGCCCAACGGGCACCACAUGGAGGCGGUGUACGCCAACGGCCUGCCCACCUACUCCACCCAGAGCCCCACCGCAGGGGACACCCUGCAGCAGGCUUUCACUGGGGUGCAGCAGUAUACAGCCAUUUAUCCAGCUACCACACUGACCCCUAUUGGCCAGACAGUGCAACAGCAGGCUCAGGUCAUUCAGCAGCAGCAGAGGGAAGGACCCGAGGGCUGUAAUCUCUUCAUCUACCACCUGCCCCAGGAGUUCGGGGAUAAUGAGCUCAUGCAGAUGUUCCAUCCCUUCGGCAGCGUCAUCUCCUCCAAGGUCUUCAUGGACAGAGCCACCAAUCAGAGCAAGUGCUUCGGCUUUGUGAGCUUUGAUAACCCUGGCAGUGCCCAGGCUGCCAUCCAGGCCAUGAACGGCUUCCAGAUUGGCAUGAAGAGACUCAAGGUGCAGCUGAAGAGGCCAAAGGAUGCCAGCCGCCCCUACUGACCACAUCAGCGACCCACCCCUGCCCCUGCACACCCCAGCAGCACAGGUCGGCCUUGGAGGAUUGGUGGCAUUUUGAAGGACAGAAACUUUUUUCUUGAGAUAAAAAAACCUACCAUUGAUAAAAACUCUUAACGUAUAAAGUGUGAGAGGGGACAGGAGAGCAGGUGCGGCGGGGAUCCCUCCCUCCCUCCCUCCCUCCCUCCAAGGCGUCAGGAAAGCACAGAAGAGAUUACAGACUUCAGGGACUUCAUGUUAACACACGGUGAAGGACGGCUCCAUCGCUGGAGAUGGAACACACAAACAAGUUUAUUUAAAGAGAAUGAUAUCCAAGAGGACAACACACACACACACACACACACACACACGCACACACACACACACACACACACACACACACACACACACACACACACACACACACACACACACACACACACACACAAAUUGAAGGUGUUAUUUGGUGGAUUGUUCAGAUGGACCCAGACGGUGUGAGGAGUUCUAUCUUCAUGUCUGAGCUGGAGGAGAAGCUAGCAGCAUAAACAAGAAGCAGCAGUAAGGACAAACAGAGAGAGA